AGCUCAAAAUGGAAAGUUGGCAAUAGUUCUUGUAUAUGUAGAUGAUCUUAUCAUCACAGGAGAUUUUGAAGAGGAGAUUCAACAAACAAGAGCUAAUCUUUCAGUACGUUUCCAAAUGAAGGAGCUCGGAGAAUUAAAACAUUUUCUUGGUCUUGAAGUGGAGCGCACUAAGGAUGGGAUAUUUCUAUGCCAACAGAAAUAUGCCCGUGAUCUUCUAGAAAAAUAUGGAAUGCUCGAUUGCAAGCCUAUGUCAACUCCAAUGGAGGUUAAUGCAAGGUUAUGUUCAGUCGAAGGCAAAGAUCUAGAAGAUGUGACCAUGUACAGACAGUUGGUGGGAAGUCUUAUCUAUCUCACGUUAUCCAGACCAGAUAUUGCUUAUGCAGUGAGUGUGAUUAGUCGAUUCAUGCAAAAACCGAUGAAACGUCACCUGGAGGCCGUACGUCGAAUAUUAAGGUAUGUGAAAGGAACCAUUGACUAUGGAAUCCUGUACCGCAAUGAUAAAGAGUUUGAAGUUGUCGGAUACUGUGAUGCUGACUAUGCUGGUGAUCUCGACACACGUCGGUCAACUACGGGUUAUGUAUUUAAUCUAGGUUCUGCAGCAGUCUCUUGGUGUAGCAAGAGACAACCAACAGUGUCAUUGUCAAGUACGGAAGCGGAAUAUCGAGCAGCGGCUAUGGCAACACAAGAGUGUGUGUGGUUGACGCAAUUACUCAAGGAUCUGCAUCAACCAAUUGAUCGAGGAAUCAAGUUAGCUUGUGAUAAUCAGUCUGCGAUACGUUUAGCGGAGAAUCCUGUUUUUCACGCAAGGACAAAACAUGUGGAGGUACAUUAUCAUUUUGUCCGAGAAAAGGUUCUACGGGGUGAAAUUGAACUUGAGCAAGUGAACACGGAGGACCAAGUUGCAGAUAUAUUCACAAAAGGUCUUGGAGGACCAAAGUUCGAAAAGUUUCGGAAACAACUUGGUAUGACCUCUAGACUAUCUCUGAGAGAGAGUAGUCGUUGAGGGGGAGUGUUAAAACUCACCAACUAUCUCUCUCUCCUAGCUUCUACAUGAAUGCUCCUUGUCAAAAUUUACAACAUGAUGGAGUCAAUUAUUACAAACUCAAUAAAUGCAUAGAGUAGAAAAUUUUACUAGCUAGGUUCACCACCCUCUAUAUU